AAUUUACCAAUUACCAGCGGAUAGUAAAUUAACAACACGUCUCGCGCGACGCAUUCGCGCUGGCACUUAACGAGAUCGAGCGGAAAGCGCGUCGUCGGGCGUUUAGGCGCGCGAGAUCGCCUAAGGGAAUUUCGUAACAAACCGCGCUCUAUCGUAUCCCAUAUCGUAUCCGUAACCCCGGCACAUUGUUAGGCAGUGGAAGAAAUUCCCGAGAUUCCGCGGGACAUGUGUGUGCAAACCGUUCUAUUAAUGUACCCGUCACGUGUUGCCGUCUCUUCCUAUCCGCUCCUCGUUGUCUCUCCUUCUCGCUUUCUGCGUUUCUAGACGGGCGCUCUCGCGCCGCUCCCUUCCUCUUCCGAAGUGUAGCGCGACUUAUUCAAACACACACGCCCAGAGAAGAGAAGCACGCGGCGGAUGCCGCUAAGUGCCUAAAAAAUCUUUGCUCUUUUUUCUUUCUCUUUAUUAACAUCGAGAGGGAGAGAGGAGAUGGAACGAGCGGUCCGAUUAUCCGAGACACCGACCAACGAGUCGCCGCUUGACGAUCGCGAUGGAGAUUAACGAUAAGAACGGGCGAAUAAAUUCUUAUAUUCUUUUUCUCCCGGUAUGAGCGUGGAAUUUUUUUCGAAACUUGCAAUGUUAGCGAAAAUAGCCAUGUUCGGUGAUUACUUGCAAGCGCAACUGGCUGAAUUACUGAUUACGGAUAAUGUUGACCGUAAUACUCGACAUGUCGAGAGAUACGUAAUUGAUAGAUGUUUUGACGCGCGCAAAGUUUGAGAGGACUUUCUUCCGACACGGUAGGAUGGGAUUUAAUCCUGACAAAUGCUCGUAGUAUGACGUCAAAUGCAAUUAGAGGCAUCAGACGGAAGAAGAGUUCGCUGUGCGAAGUCAAGGUGGCUGUGAUAGGAGCGCCGGGAGUCGGCAAAAGCGCACUGACGGUGAGAUUCCUUACAAGGAGAUACAUCGGGGAGUACGAUCACCAAUCAGAAACUAGAUACAAACAUGAAGUACUAGUCGACGGGGAACCUAUUCUCUUCGAGAUUUUAGAUACAUGUCCAAAGAGCGAGGAUGAGCUGCCAUCGAUGGAGACACUGCAAUGGGCGGACGGCUUGCUGCUGGUUUAUUCGAUCACAGACAGAGGAUCCUUCAAUUUCGUGAGGAAGGCGAAGGAAGCCCUCGCGGUAGCCGAUCCCGAAGCCGCGAUGCCUCUCGCUCUUGUCGGAAACAAGGCCGAUAUGGUUCACCUGCGGCAAGUCAGUGCCGAAGAAGGAGAGAUCUUGGCGAAGGACUUUGAAUGUUGGUUUAGCGAAAUCACCGCUGCCGAGCAGGUUGCUCAGGUCGCGGAAUCCUUCCACGAAUUAUGCAGAGAAGUUCUCGCGGCGCGUAGAAGAAACAAGCAAUCUUUAUUGGACAGAAUGCUCGGCAGCAAUAAGACGCGUGCUUACUCGCGAGGGAAAAGCGACUCUGCUCUGCCGAAGGAGUAG